CGUUCAACGAUGUCCCAGAUGAGCCGACGAGACGAGACGAGACAGAGGGCUAAGCAGGUCUCCGUUGACUUCGCAGGAGAAAAAUCUCUGCUCUUCCUCUGACCCUAUAAAUUUCCUUCAUCUCCAAUUCUUCUCUUCCCCCUCAGAGCAAUUUAGUCUCCAUCCAAUGGAAGCUCGGACAGAACCCCAAUUCCAAAACCCUCCAAAGUAUCUUAAGUUACGCGUCAAAUCCACCUAGCUCGUGCUUCCUCCAUCUCCGUUUUCGGCCAAGAUCAGUCCUUUCGCGGUGCGGAAUCAUGGAGAAACUGAGGGCUGUCGGGUCGAAUCAGAGGGGCGCCAGAGAGUCCCUGCCGAUCGCCAACGGGAACCCCCAGCAGCAGCCCAAGAAGAAGUGCUCCAACCUCAUGCCCCUGUUCGUGCUGCUCGUUGUUGUUGCGGAGAUCGCCUUCCUUGGCCGUCUCGACAUGGCCAAGAACUCGGCUGUCGUCGAUUCCUGGGCCGAUUUGUUCCACCGGUCCCCGCCGACCACGGAGCUGGCCGUGGGCGGGGGCGACGAUUUGCCCCUGCCGGUCGGGACGGAGGACCGGAGCUCGGAGCCCGAGGCGGAGAACUGUGAGGAGUGGUUGGAGAGAGAGGACAGGGUGGUUUACUCUAGGGAUUUCAACAAGGAUCCCAUCUGGGUCUCCGGUGCUGAGAAGGAGUGGAAAUCUUGCUCUGUGGGUUGUAGUUUUGGGUACAGUAUAGAGAAGAAGCCUGAUGCUGCCUUUGGGAUUCCCCAAGCUGGUGGAACAGCAAGUGUACUUCGAUCGAUGGAGUCAGCGCAAUACUACAUGGAGAACAAUAUUGCUCAGGCACGACGGAGGGGUUUCGAUAUCGUGAUGACGACCAGUCUCUCUUCGGAUGUUCCAGUUGGGUACUUCUCUUGGGCUGAAUAUGAUAUAAUGGCUCCGGUGCAGCCAAAGACGGAAAAGGCCCUUGCAGCUGCCUUUAUUUCCAAUUGCGGUGCUCGAAACUUCAGGUUGCAAGCGCUUGAGGCCCUCGAGAAGACAAAAAUUAAGAUCGAUUCUUAUGGUGGUUGCCACCGCAACCGUGAUGGGAGAGCUUUGCUUGCAGUGGACAAAGUUGAAACUCUCAAGCGCUACAAAUUUAGCUUGGCUUUCGAGAACUCAAAUGAGGAAGAUUAUGUGACUGAAAAGUUCUUCCAGUCUCUUGUUGCUGGUUCUGUUCCUGUCGUGAUUGGUGCUCCAAACAUCCAGGACUUCGCUCCUGCUCCUGGGUCAAUCCUACAUAUUAAGGAGUUAAGUGAUGUUUCUGAGGUUGCCAAGACCAUGAACUAUCUCUCAGAGAAUCCCGAAGCAUAUAAUGAAACACUGAGGUCUAGUGAUGGAUGUAUGUAUAUCAGGUGGAAGUACGAGGGCCCAUCUGAUUCUUUUAAGGCCCUUGUGGAUAUGGCAGCUGUACACUCAUCAUGCCGUCUUUGCAUUCACCUUGCAACAGCAAUUUGGGAGAAAGAAGAGAAAAGUUUGAGUUUCAAGAAACGUCCCUGCAAGUGUACCCGAGGUUCAGAGACCGUGUAUCAUUUGUAUGUCAGGGAAAGAGGGAGGUUCGAGAUGGAAUCCAUUUUCUUGAGGAAAUUGACGCUUGAGGCCUUAGAAUCCGCAGUACUGAAGAAGUUCACCUAUCUUAAGCACAUGCCGAUAUGGAAGGAAGAAAGACCGGAGAGCAUCAGAGGGGGAAACAAACUCAAGGUUUACCGGAUAUAUCCUCUUGGGCUGACCCAGAGGCAGGCCUUAUAUACUUUCCGAUUCAACUCGGAUUCCGAUCUCAAGGCCCAUAUCAAGAGCAACCCCUGUGCAAAGUUCGAAGUCGUCUUCGUCUGAAGAAAAGAAAGUUCUCAACAGUCUAACGGCAUCUCCUUAUUGGGACAUCUUACCAGCAGUUAUAGCUUGAACACGGCCAAUGAGGUGUGCUAAAGGUCUUUCAAUCGGCCGACGCUACUAUUCUCGAGUUUCCUUCUAUGGGUUUCACCUUCGGUGUCGGGACAUAGAAUGGGAUUAGAGUAAAUUCUUUGGAGGCGAAUCACGGAGAGAGCCCAUUUGUGCUGAUCAUUGUACUUCAUUCAUUCCCUCGGGGAAAAACCGAACCUAGAAUUGUUUUGUGACUGAUGAUGAAACUUUCUCAACUCUAUAUUUUAACAUAGAAGAGGGCGUUUACUAUUCUUCUUGCA